CGGCGCCGCCGCUAUAAGGGGCUCCGGCGGCGCCUCCCGCCCACAGCCGGCGGCGGCGGGGCGAUGCGAGCGCGCUGCACGUGGCGGCCCAGCCGGAGCCUCUCGGCGGCCGCGCGGGGACAGCCGCCCCGCUCCGGCCCCAGCCCGCGCUAGCGCGCCUCCGCGUGCGUGUCCGCCGGCCCCGGGUCCCGCCGCGGGGGAGGAUCUCCCUUUCUGGGAAGUCACCGAUGGACUAUAGAAAUGUAUCUGAGAACAGCAAGGACAUCUCCAGCCCUAUUUCAGAGCCUGACUCACUGCUGACUUCAGCAGCUGGCAGUAAUUCCUGCUCUUCCUCCUCAGCUGGGCAACGGGCUGGAGCAACACCUGGGAGACCAGCAGCUGCAAAUGCUGCUCGGGAGCGCAGCCGGGUGCAGACUCUACGGCAUGCUUUCCUGGAGCUGCAGAAGACUCUGCCUUCUGUCCCACCUGACACCAAGCUCUCCAAGCUGGAUGUGCUGCUCUUGGCCACCACUUACAUUGCACACCUCACCCGUAGCCUACAGGAUGAGGAAGAAUUGCCUGGGGAGGGCUUGGGUACCCUGAGAGGAGAUGGCUACCUGCACCCUGUCAAGAAAUGGCCUAUGCGAUCCAGAUUAUACAUUGGAGCUACAGGACAGUUCUUGAAUCACUCAUUGCAAGGAGAAAAUACAAAUCAAGGAGAAACAUCAACAAAUUCACAAAUUUAAUCUUUUUCUUUUUUUAAAAUAUUUAUUACACCAGAUAUACCAUAUUUAAGUUAAAGCACAUCUUCAGGUAAACUACACUUUCUGACAUUCUGUUUAUGGGUGAGAGGGGCUUGAUUCUUAAAUGUAUCCUACACCUCAUCAAGUAAAUGUGAAACUUUUUUUUGUCCUUAAUAGUGAAGACUGAUGUUUGAAAUAGGAGGUAACACUGAUAUGUACAAUUGCACUCACCGCCAACCUGAAGCAGUGGGCCAAGGUAAUACUGCUAAUAGCCAAUGAAGAGGAAGCACUCUCAUCUGCUGAGCACAGACAACUCACAAAAAGUUUUAUGUAAGAACAAAUACAGUAUUGACUAUAUCAUAGUGCAAUACAAAGCUUUAGUUGGAAAACGAAAAGCAAGCACAUUUUAAUAUUUACAAAGAAGAAAAAAAUCCAAAUAAUACAUACACUUUUUUGACUCGGUGAAACCCUGGCCUAAUUGAAGUCAAUACCAAAGCUUUCAUUAGGUGCAGACAGAAGUGACAAUUUUUGCUUGAUUUGGCCCCUGAAAGGGCUCUAUAGCCAUGACCAACACAAGUGCAUGGCUGCAGAGUGUUUUAAAAGGACCCGAUCCUGUGAAAAUCUGAAUCCCUCAUUGAAUGAGGUUUCAAUGAGGACUUUUCAAAAUGGAGUGUCUUCAGUAACUUGUGUCUGUGCACGCCGGGAGCAGAGCUGGGCUGAACACAGUUCAGCCUUCCUCCUGGCACUGUCUUCAGAAUGGGAGGAGGUGGGGGAGUGGAGGGAGUUCAGACAGGGUGUUUUUUCAGCUGGCACUGGAGAAUCGGGUGGGUGGAUUGGAGCCUCUCCACCCCCCUUCCAGAGCCUGCUGGGCAAUCCCCAGAAUGAGAUCCCUCUGCUCCCUUUCCCCCCCUCUCAUUCUGAAAGCAGCACUGGGGCUGGGAGUGAGGAGGGGUGUUAUUAGGGGAGAGCGGCUGCACACUCACAGUUGCUCUAAACAGCAGCUUAAUUCCCCAAACCCUGGGACCCAGCACUGAAUGCCUGUUGGGUCUGGGGGAUUGUUGCAACUCAGGGUGCUUCCUGCAAAGUGCUAUGACUUGUAAUGGGAAGUGCUCUUCUGUCUGCACCUACUGAUUCCAGUAGGGGUAGGGGUAAGAUUUCAUAACAGGAGUGAAUCUCAGACGAUCUUCACAUUCUAAUUUCUGUAUUUUCAUUUUAAAAUGUGAAUGUGAAUUCAUUGUGAAGUGAAAAGUGUCCUGCAAUUUACUACCACAGACCUUCAAAUAUUACACAGUACAACCUGCUUUUAGACUGAAUGUAGUAGUAAUAUAUGUAUCGAUCAGUAGUAUGGUGUUGUACAUUACUGGGCUUGAAAUAUUUAAAAUGUGUUCUGGGCUUAAUCCAAAGAAACAACUUGUUUGUUUUAAAUAUCAUGAUUUAUUUACUAUGUCUUUUAAGUAAUUCGUAUUUAAGAAAUUGGGCUCUUAUGUUUUGCUGUUUCCUGAUACACUUCACUUUAAAAUAUCUGCUGUAAAUAGGCAAUCAUAAGUGAAAUUAAAUGUGCAGUCAGAUACCAUCCAACAGUUUCUAUUAUGUAAAAGCUUGUACAUGGGUACUAAUUAAUGCUACAACUAAUAUUGUAUUAAACACUAUUAAUUGGAAACUUCUAUAUAAACAGCUGUGCUGCAGAUUUAAAACAAAAAAUGUAUCAACUUAAUCUCCUAUAGUGCAAGAAAUUAUUAGAAUGUAAGAGGAUGAUGAUAGUUUGUAUUUACUAUAACAGUUUUGUGGGUGGACUUAAUGAUUUAAACCACAGAGAUCCAUUUCACAGAUAAAGAAAAAUUGCUCACUUAAGUGCAAGUUCUGAAAAAACAACCUGCCUAUUUACGUACUUCAGGUUUUUCUGAGUGUCCAGCUUGAGGCCAUUCCAACUUCAUUUUCAGAGAUUCUGAACACUUCAGUGUGAGUUCUGAGUGCCCAGCACCUCUGCAGAGAUGCUAAGCAUGUUAGCUAGUAUUUAGUGCUCAACAUCUCUGAAAUCAGGUCCUAGUUUCUCCAAUUGGACACUAAAAUCAGAAAGUACAUUUGUAACACAGGCCUAAGUGAUUUUUUGUUUGUUUGUUUUUUGUUCAAGGUCAUGUAUGAAAUGGGUGGCAAUACUAGGAACAGACCACUUUUAUAUACUUUAACCACAAGAAUACUCUUUCUCUUUCAAAUAAUUUCAGAAACAAUUUGCAAAAAAAUAAAUAUUUUUUAAAUAGUGUAUUAAGGAAGUAAUAACUGCUGAACCCAUUCAGUCAGAUCUAAGGUAAGAAUCUCUUUGCUGUCAUUGGAGAACUAUACAAGUAGCUAGCUGUUCCUUUUGAAACUUGAAUUCUUUUGUAACUUAUAUAACCUUGCUGCCUAAAUACAGUACAAGCAUUAAUCUUCCCAACAUUCCACCAUGCAGGAAAGUCUUAUCUUCAUGUUAUAAGCAAGACAAUUAAUCUUACUGCCUACUGUAUAAAGUAUUUACUUCAUGUUACAAAAGAAAAAGGACCAAGUAACUUGCCUAAAUCAGUGACAAAGUUGAGGAUAGAGCCCAGAACCUCUGGUUCCUAGUCCUUAUUCACCUCCUUACUGAAUUACCCUUCCAGAAUAAACUAGAGUUUAAAAAAAAAAAGUAUAAAAAGUUUAAUACCAAUAUGGUAAAAUACAUACUAAUUAUUUUGCAUGGAUAUUCAUUUUAAGUAUUUUUUUCUUUUGAACAAUAUUCCUGAUAGCAAAAAAGUAAAAUAUGGAGUUUCCCAUACCAAGACUGGGAGUGUGUAAUACUUGUUAAAAAUGUGCAAGAAGAGUUGAACACAAAGAUGACAAAAUUAGCAGAUAUUACAGGGUGGGGGGGUUUUCAGGUAGUCAAAUCUAAAGAAGACUGAGGAAUUUCAGAGUAUUUAUUUGGAUUAAUGAAAUGAGAAAUGCAAAGCAGAAUACAUAAUUUUAAUAAAUUCUAAACUUAAAAGUAGUAGUUUCAGGAAAAAAAAGAACCCAUGUGAAAUGCUUGUACUAGAGAAGUUAUUAACAAAACAUCUAUUUUACCCCUAGACAUUAUUGUAUUGAGAACUUAAUGAAGACCUUUGCUCCCAGUGCAGCUGUAAUUGAGAAUAUGCAAAGCAAGAUGAUGCAUCAAAAAAAUGGAACAAAAGUCUGGAAAAGGAGGUGUUGGAGAGGGGAGUUAGAGAAGGGCAGCAAGAAUGUUUAGGGGCACAUAAGAACUUUUAUAACAUUUGAAAGACCUGGAUUCUUUGUUCUACAAAGAAAAAUAAGAGGGGACAUGAAAAUAGCACACACAAUUAACAAAUGGCUAAAAUAAUUUAGAUUAGCAUCCAUGUUCAGCCUUUCUUAUAUUACAGGACCAUGGGAUAUCAAUUAAAUUAAAAGGGGGAAAUAUCAAAACUGAUAAGUAUUUUUCAUAGAGACCCAACUCACCUGUAGAAUUGAAUUGCUGCCAUAUAUUUUUUUUGAAGACAAGAGCUUACCAGGACUGUUAAAAAAGAUUAUGUAUAGCAUCAUAGAAAAGUAACAGGAAAGGGUCUUCAGGAGGUCACCUAGUCCAACCCUUUGCUCAAGGCAGAAUCCACUGCAUCUAAAUUAUUCCAGACAUGGGCUUAUUGAAUCUGGUCUUAAACUUCGAAGGAUAGCACAGAUUUCCUAGAGAGGUGGUAAAAUCCAAGAUGUUUAACUACCCUCACAAUGCAGAAGAUAUUUCUUUAUUUAAUCUGAAUAUUUGGAACUAUAAUAGUUAAUAUUUCACGUUAACAAAUCUGUGUCCUCAGGAUGCAGGACAAGACAAGCUCUACCUGUACCAAAGUUUGGAGUAAUUUUUUUUCUGAGGUCAGGUUGUUUCAUAAGUGUCAGCUUCAGGAUUUUGUGCGCCACCUUCUAAAACAAUUGGAAUGGUAAUGGUCAGAAAUAAGACAUUAGCCUGGAUGAACCACUGGUCUGAGCCAGCGUGGGAACUUUGUGUGUUUUAGUGUUCCUAAAUGAAGCAUGAUAUUUAGACAAGAAUAGGUUUGCUGAAGGUACAGUUCAACUUCAAGUAUCUAAAAUGUAACUGAUAUUUCCUAUACUCAAAAUUAAAGGAUGAUCUGGUGCUUGCAUAUUAUUCUAAUUAUAAACUUAAUGUUUUACAAAAUGAUCUUAUAGUUGUUUUUUUGUUAGCUUUGGUACUUUCAUUACACCUCAAAAGGCAUGAUUUAUUUCACUCUACAAGCAUA